ACCAUGCUUCUCAUCAAGACAUUUCUUACCAGGACCAUGCGUCCCAUGGACGUCCUCCUCUUCCUGUGCUUCCCACUGGGCCUGGUGCGCUCGCUCAACCCGCGGGACCCCAACGUUUGCAGCCUGUGGGAGAGCUUCACUACCUCCGUCAAGGAAUCGUACUCGCACCCUUACGACCGCGUGACCGACGAGCCAUGCUCGGACCCUCGGACUAACUACAGAUGCCCCAGACACAGGAUCACCUACAAGACGGCCUACAGGCAGGCCGUCAAGACGGACUACCGCAAACGCUAUCAGUGCUGCCCGGGAUACUACGAGAGCCGUGACAAAUGUGUUCCUCGCUGCACCAAGGAGUGCGUCCACGGCCGCUGCGUGGCUCCGGACCGUUGUCAGUGCGAGGGGGGCUGGCGAGGAGACGACUGCUCUAGCGCUUGCGAGAACCAGCGCUGGGGACCGGGCUGCGGCCAGCGUUGCCAGUGCCAGAACGGCGCGCAGUGCGACCCGGUCAAAGGCACGUGCCGGUGUCCGCCCGGUUUUACGGGCCGCCGCUGCGAGGAGCCGUGUCCCGCCGGAACCUUUGGGACGGGCUGCCUGCAGAAGUGCCGCUGCGGGGUUGGCGGAUCUUGCGACCCGGCUAGCGGCGAGUGCUUCUGUCGAGACGGAUUCACCGGAACCUUUUGCGAGAAGUCAUGUUCAAGAAAAUGCCCGGCAAGGUGUCCUUGUCAAAAUGGCGGCAUCUGCCGGGGCAAAGGCGUCUGCGCUUGCCCUCCUGGAUGGACGGGUUCGGUAUGUACGGAGCGCUGUCUCGAGGGCCGCUACGGGCCCAACUGCGCCGAGGAGUGCGUUUGCCACAAUCGUGGAAAAUGUCACCCCGAGACUGGGCAAUGCAAAUGUGCGCAUGGCUUCACUGGCGCCAGGUGUAACGAGGAGUGCGCGGUCGGCUCUUACGGCGAAGACUGCCAAGGCGUGUGCGACUGCGCCAACGGCGCCCGUUGCUACAACAUCGACGGUGGUUGCCUGUGCGAACCGGGCUUCAGCGGGCCCAGCUGCAAGAAUAGGAUGUGCCCACGCGGGAAAUACGGCAUGCACUGUGAGCGCGCCUGCCUCUGCCACAGCUCCAACACGCUCAGCUGCCACCCGAUGAAGGGCGAGUGUACGUGCCAGGCGGGCUGGGCGGGGCUUCACUGCAACGAGACCUGUGCCCACGGUUUCUACGGCCACGGCUGCCUGGAGCCAUGCCUCUGCGUCAACGGCGGCGUCUGCCACGGCGCCACCGGACUCUGUCAGUGUGCCCCCGGAUACACGGGUGUUCACUGCGAAACACCGUGCAAAAGCGGCACUUACGGCAAGAACUGCUCACUGGAAUGCUCCUGCAAGAACUUUGUGGAUUGCUCGCCGGUUGACGGUGUCUGUUUCUGCAAAGAAGGCUGGCGGGGACCCGAUUGCUCGGUCCCGUGCGCUGAAGGAACGUGGGGCCGCGGCUGUAACGGCACGUGUCAGUGCGCCAACGGCGCAAAGUGCCAUCCCGCCGACGGGUCCUGCGUCUGCGCCGCCGGCUGGCGGGGAGUGCGCUGCGACCAGUCGUGCCCGAUGGGCUCGUUCGGUCCGGGCUGCCUGAAGAGAUGCGACUGCGUCCACGCCGACGGCUGCCAUGCGACCACGGGAGAGUGCCGCUGCAUGCCAGGCUGGUCGGGCCCGCGCUGCAGCGAACCGUGCUCGGAGGGUCUGUGGGGGCGCCACUGCAACCAGACGUGCUUCAAGCAUUGCCCCAACAGCGACACCUGCCUGCGGGAAACGGGGGCGUGCGUGUGCCGCCCGGGGUUCUGGGGAGUCACCUGUCAGAACAAAUGCAGGCCGGGGACUUUCGGCGAGCAGUGCGGCCUGUCUUGCCCGUCCUGCGGCCAGUCGUAUCGUUGCCACCACGUGACCGGGGAGUGCGACUGUCUCCCGGGCUACACCGGCGACGACUGCCACCAAGUUUGCCCUUCGGGUUACUACGGAAAGGGCUGCGGUGAAGUGUGCCCGCGCUGCGCCAACAACGCUACGUGCGACCACCGCGACGGCCAGUGCCAGUGUCUCGCCGGAUGGACGGCUAGCGACUGCUCCAUACCUUGCAGCGCGGGACGUUUCGGCUCCUUCUGCACGCAGACUUGCUCGUGUCCCGCUAACGGCGUGUGCGACCGCGUCACAGGAGAAUGCCUGUGUGACAAUGCCGAUUGUCAACAAGAGCGGUCAGAGCCGGGCAGCGUGAUGGUGCCUCUGCCCCCGGGCGAGCGCGAGUCCUGGGCGGCCAUCAGCGGCGUGGUGGCGCUGGUCCUCCUGGUGGCACUGCUGCUGGCGCUGCUGCUUCUUUACCGACGCCAGCAGAAGCUCAAGCACAACAACGCGCCAGCCGUCUCCUUCUCCGCCGGACGCACCGUCAACUCCGACUACGCCGUGCCGGACACGUCUCCCCCUGGUUACCAGCACUACUACUCCAACCCGAGCUACCAUACACUGCGGGACAACCGUCCUCCACUGCCUCACCUUCCCAAUAACCACAAGAACACCAACAAGCAGCUGUUCUGCAGCAUGAAAAACUGUGAGCGCGAGCGACGCGGUCUGUUCGGCGUGGAGAGCAACGCCACGCUGCCUGCCGACUGGAAACAUCAGCACGCUCGCAAUAAGGAAGCAGGAGCGUUCGGGAUUGAUCGCAGCUACAGCUACAGCGCCAGCCUCGGAAAAUAUUUCAACAAAGAAGUGAAUGAGUUGGCGUUGGCGGGCAGCAGCGGUUCCCUCAACAGCGAGAACCCCUACGCCACCAUCAAGGACUUACCGGGCCCCCCCUUCGGCCCCCCGGAGAGCAGCUACAUGGAGAUGAAGUCGGCCGUCCCCCGACCUCGGGAGCGGGCCUACACCCAGGGCGCUCCGCCACCGCCGCCUCCGCCCUUUAACACCGCCUCACUACGAAGACAGCGUCAACAUUCAGUAGGCCACGCCCCACAAGAGGACUCCCACGGCCACUACGACCUGCCAGUCAACAGCCACAUCCCGGGCCACUACGACCUACCGCCCCUGCGCCGGCCCCCCUCUCCUCCUCCCCUACCUACGCCCGACGCCUCGCCACACUGACCGCCGCCCUUGAGAGCUACCAAAGCAAGCCGUACGCCCUCUGUUGGACUGCGAUGGCGUUUAAGGUGACGCCGCCCACGCCGAGGCGCUCCCAAAAAAUUAAGACUUGAUGGACGGACUUCGCCAGGGUUUGAAGCAUGGCUUUUGGGUAUUUUUGUUUGUUUGAUUUUCUUCAGUUUUGUACUACGGAGUAUUAGCGGCAAACAAAGAAAAAAUAUAAGACUACGAAAUUAAAGUCGUAGUGUUAGUACGAGAAUAAAGUCAUUAUAAUAGUACAAGAACAAAAAAGUUAUACCUCGUACUAGUAUGUAGUUUUAAUUAAAUUUAACUAGGGGAAAAAAAAGUCAUAGGAUUACAAGCUUAAGUCGUAGUAAUAGUAUGAGUAUAAAGUAAUAUCACUAGAAUAUAGUUUAGUAAUAGUAGUUUUAGUAGAAAAAAAAAGUAUUAGUACAAGCUUAAAGUUCUAGUAUUGGUACGAGAAUAUAAAGUACAAAGAUAAAGUAAUAUGACAAUAAAGUUAUAUAGUUUUAGUACAAGAUUAAAGUAUUAUUACGAAAAAGUAAUACAUUAAUUAUUAUUAUUAAUUAAAAAAAAGUAUUACAAGAAUAGUUUUAGCACACGGUUAAAGUUGUAGUAUUAGUACGAGAAAAGCAAUAGGAUAAAGUAACAUUACAAGUUUACGUACAAGAAAGUAAGUAAUAAGUAUUAAAGUCUUAAUACAAGAAUAAAGUAGUUUUGGGAGAAGAAAAGUUGCAUUAGUACAACGUUAAAGAUGUAGUAUUAGUGCAAGAAAAACGUAUUUAGCAAGUAAUAACAUCGUAAUAUUACGAGAAUAAAAAAAAAAAGUUGUGGUUGUAGUACUAGUACGUGAAAAAAUGUAUUAUUACGAGAUUAGAGUCGUAGUAAUGGAAAAAGAAAAAAGUCGUGUUACAGGUUUAAAGUCGUAACAUGUAUUGAUACAGUGCAGCUAAUUUAGCUGCUAUGUACUUCACAUAUCUUGGAGCUCUGACCAAGUAUUAGUAUAAAUCCUACUAUGAUACAGUUGAGCUGAAAGAUGAAGGAUUAUUGCCUCAUUACGAAAGACAUUCUAAAAUAAGAGAUGCUUUCAAUAUUGCGGAUUUAAACGUAGCGGUACGUAAAGUACAAAGCAGCUAAUUUAGCUACAUUUACCGUACUGCAUCCAUAGUUUACGUCAAGUAAUAUAAUGACCAAUUUCGUAGUGCUUUAUUUUUUUUGUUUGGCCCUAAUACACCGUUAGUUUUGAAAUGACGCACUUUAGUACAAAAAGCGAUCGCUGCCAGCCUCCAUAGUCUAAUCGGAUUGCUGACUAUGAGUUAAAUUGGCUUAAUUUAAAAAAAAAAAACAUUACGUUAUUCUACGGCGCCAUCGUCAGAAAUAAAAAUAAAUUUAAGCAAUCUGAUGCGCACCAGAAACUAUCUGGUAAAGAUUAGCAUUAUUUAGCAAUUAAACUAGCGGACUUUGCUAUGCUAGUUAGCCAAUUGUUGCAUUGUUGCAAUUGGCUAACCUGCGUAGGCUAGCAAAAGUCUGCAAUCUUAAUCUUAAUGCUAAUGUUUACAAAAAUUGGCUAACUUGCAUUGCAAAAGUCCGCUUGCUUAAAUGCUAAAUAAUGCUAAUGUUCACCAGAUUUUUUCUUGUGCCCACUACUAGAAACAAUCUGGUGCGCACCAGAUAGUUUAAUUUUAUUUCUGUCGAUGUCCCUUUAGGGGCGCUGUAGAAUAAAAAUGACAAGAAAAUAAUAUUUUCAAAGCAGUUUUAUGAAAAGUUACUUUAUUAAACGAGUACAGUGACACGCUUUUCAUUUAAAUCAACAUUUUUUUAAAAUUCUGAAUGUAUCUAUAUAUAUGUUUGUUUUUAUUUUAAAUAGUUUACUUUCUGCCAGUCAGAUUUUUUUAAAUGAGUGUUUUGUACUUUCAGAAUUGCCAAUUUUUGGGGGAUUUUCCAUUUUUAUUUAAAUGUUUAAAUUUUCUUCAAAGGUUUAAAAAAUGUUUCAAAAGCUAAACCUACACUUCAAAAAUGUUACAAUAAAAGUGUGAGGGUCAACGUUAUUUUAUGUUUAGAAAAGUAUAACCGGGGUAAUGUGCGUUUCUAUUUCAUAUUUGGACUACAAAAAUGUAGAUGUCAAGUUAAAAAGAUAAAAAGUAAUGCAAUAAUUUUUUAAUAAUAGCUUUGUUUAUAUAUUAGAAAAAAAAAUGUACUGCACUAUUUUAAGAAAGUAGCUACCAUCUGUAAAAUAUUUACAAAAAAUAUUUUGUAAAUGUGCUGACUUUGUAACUGUCGUUUGCUCUGCAGUGCCAAAUAUUAUAGCUAGAUUUGCAUUUUUCCAGAUGCAACUCCCAACGAAUUGCGCUGUCAAUUUACUACAAAUGUUCCAUAUUUUUGUCUUGUUGUACGUGUUUGCAUUUUUUCAAGAUGUAACCAUUUUUCUUUACUUUUUGUAUAUUUGUAAAUAAAAAAAAAAAAGCCAUUUCACAUUUUCUUCACAUGCAAAAUAAAUGUCACAUUGGACAAAAAAAAAAAAGGGCUUCAUUCAGAAUUAUCAGGCAAAAAUGU